GGCGGGGCGGAAGUGAGCGCUAGCUGGGCGCGCGUGCUCUGCUAGCCAUGUCGGGGGCCAGGAAACCUUUGGAGUUCCAUGACAAGCGGCCCUGGCGCCCGGAGGCGACCGUGGAGGAUCCAGAUGAGCAAGACGAGGAUGACGGCGUGGAAGCCGACAAUGGGUUCUCCCUGGAGGAAGUGUUACGCCUCGGAGGCACUAAGCAAGAUUAUCUUAUGCUGGUUACUUUGGAUGAGAAUGAGGAAGUGGUGGACGGAGGCAAAAAAGGAGCAGUUGAUGACCUUCAGCAAGGUGAAUUGGAAGCAUUUAUUCAAAACCUUAAUUUGGCUAAAUAUGCAAAGUCCUUAACUGAAGAUGAUAAACCAGCAAAAGAAGAAAAUGCCGGCAAAAAAGAAGCCAAAGUAUCUACAAUAGAUAAGAAAAAGCAAAAUUCAGCAGAAAAUGAAAAGACAGUCAGCAAGAAGAAAAAUAAGAAUAAGCCAGAACAGUGUUCUGAUAAGAAUGACAGUGUGCCAAAAGUGAACAAAGAGAAACAAGACAUCUUUGAAUUCUUUGAAAGGCAGACAUUGUUACUCAAGCCUGGAGGCAAAUGGUUUGAUCUAGAGUAUUGCAAUGAAUAUUCUUUGGAACCCCAGUCUCAGGAAGUUGUGUCUAAGUACCAAACCCUGGCUCAGAAGCUGUAUGAACAUGAAGUCAACCUAUUCAAAAACAAGACAAACAAUCAAAAGGGAGGCUCUUCUACCUGGAUGAAGGCAAUUGUAUCCUCAGGAACACUAGGUGACAGAAUGGCAGCCAUGAUUCUUCUCAUCCAGGAUGAUGCUGUUCACACACUCCACUUUGUAGAAACUCUGGUGAACCUUGUUAAAAAGAAAGGCAGCAAACAACAGUGCCUCAUGGCUUUGGAUACUUUCAAAGAGUUACUCAUCACAGACCUUUUGCCAGAAAGCCGAAAGCUAAGAAUUUUCAGCCAGCAUCCUUUCCACAAACUAGAAAAGAUGUCCGGUGGCAACAAGGAUUCACGAGAUAGAAGACUGAUAUUGUGGUACUUUGAACACCAGCUGAAACACUCAGUAGCUGAAUUUGUGCAGGUCUUAGAAACUUUAAGUCAUGACUCAUUAGUAGCCACUAAAACUAGAGCCCUUAUUACAGCUCAUGAGCUUCUUUGUAACAAACCUGAGCAAGAAAAGGCUCUUCUUGUUCAGGUAGUAAAUAAACUGGGAGAUCCUCAGAAUAAAAUUGCCACAAAAGCCUCUCAUCUAUUAGAGACAUUACUCUGUAAACAUCCCAAUAUGAAAAGAGUUGUAUGUGAUGAAGUAGAAAGGCUUCUCUUUCGCUCAAAUAUCAGCUCCAAAGCUCAAUAUUAUGCAAUUUGUUUUUUGAAUCAAAUGGUUUUCUCCCACGAAGAAAGCGAACUGGCUAACAAAUUAAUAACUCUUUAUUUUUGUUUUUUUCGGACUUGUAUCAAGAAAAAGGAUAUUGAGUCAAAAAUGCUUAGUGCCCUUUUAACAGGUGUGAAUAGGGCAUACCCCUAUUCUGAGACAGGUGAUGACAAAGUGAGGGAGCAGAUAGAUACCUUGUUCAGGGUGUUGCAUAUUGUAAACUUCAGUACCAGUGUACAGGCCUUAAUGUUACUUUUUCAAGUAAUGAAUUCUCAGCAGACAAUUUCUGAUCGAUACUAUUCAGCAUUAUACAGGAAAAUGUUGGACCCAGGGUUAAUGAUGUGUUCCAAGCAAGCUAUGUUUCUUAACCUUGUCUACAAGUCUCUGAAAGCUGACAUCGUGUUGCGCCGGGUGAAGGCUUUUUUGAAGAGGUUGCUCCAAGUUACUUGUGUACAGAUGCCACCAUUCAUAUGUGGGGCUUUGUAUCUUGUGUCUGAGAUCCUUAAAGCAAAACCAGAUUUAAGAAGUCAACUGAAUGAUCACCUGGGACCUGAUGAUGAAGAAAAUUUUGUUGAUGUGGAGGAUGAUGACAUAGAACAGGUCACAGAUGCAGAUAAAGAAUCAGAAAUAGAUGCAGAGAAAAAGACUGAAACAGAGGAAACUCUGUCUGAAAAUAAUACAGAAACUAAAAAACCAAAGACAGCUUCCUGGGUACACUUUGAUAAUUUGAAAGGUGGCAAACAGUUAAAUACUUACGAUCCAUUCAGUAGAAAUCCUUUGUUUUGUGGAGCUGAAAACACAAGUCUUUGGGAACUCAAAAAGUUAGCUGAGCAUUUUCAUCCUUCUGUGGCCCUUUUUGCAAAGACUAUCCUUGAGGGAAAUCACAUUCAGUAUUCAGGGGACCCACUGGAGGAUUUCACACUAAUAAGAUUCUUGGAUAGAUUCGUAUACCGAAAUCCAAAGCCACAUAAAGGCAAAGAGAAUACUGACAGUGUUGUGAUGCAGCCCAAAAGGAAACAUUUUAUAAAGGACAUUCGCAGUCUUGCUGUGAAUAGUAAGGAGUUCCUUGCAAAAGAAGAAAGCCAAAUACCAGUGGAUGAAGUGUUUUUCUAUAGGUAUUAUAAGAAAGUUGCUGUUGUUAAAGAGAAACAAAACCGGAAUGCAGAUGAAGAAAGUAUAGAAGAUGUGGAUGAUGAGGAAUUUGAAAAGCUGAUUGACACAUUUGAAGAUGAUAACUGUUUCUCCUCUGGAAAGGAUGAUCUUGAUUUUGCCAGCAAUGUGAAGAAAGAAGCAAAAAGGACGAAGGCAAACUUGGAAGAUGACGAUUCUGAGGGCAGUGAUGAUGAGUUUGGCAACCUGGAUGAUGAUGAAGUUUCUCUCGGAAGCAUGAAUGAUGAAGAAUUCGAGGAAGUUGAUGAAGAUGGAGGAACAUUUAUGGAUGUGCAGGAAGAUGAAAGUGAGGGCAUUCCAGAAUUUGAUGAAGUCGACUCCGAAGUGAAUGCUAAGAGAAGCAAGAGAAAGAGUGGAGGUAAUAUCGACUUUGCUGGGUCAUUUCAAGGACCAAAAACUAAGAAGAAGAGAGGAAACUUCAAUGACUCCAGCUUGUUUGUGUCUGCAGAAGAGUUUGGUCACCUAUUGGAUGAAAAUAUGGGAUCCAAGUUUGAUAACCUUGGUAUGAACGCCAUGGCUAACAAAGACAAUGCAAGCCUCAAACAGCUUAAGUGGGAGGCUGAACGUGACGAUUGGCUACACAACAGAGACACAAAAAGUAUCAUCCAAAGAAAGAAAAAUUUCAAAAAGAAGAGGCUGACUCCAAAACGCCACAAAACAAAGAAAACGAGAAUUUCAAAGUAAAUUAUAAAUUAAAUUUUUUCUUACUCUUAAUUUUUGCUAUUCAUCCACUUUUCUUGAUCUUGUUCUCUAAUUCCAUACAUUCCAGACAUUUCAACGGAUUUGUAAUAAACUAUAAAUAAAGA